UUUUUGAACUGUGGUCCCCAGGAGCGUAGCGAUAUUGCUAACGAGGACGAAAUAGCGCAAGACACAACUGCAGCAACGUGGCUUUCUUCGUGUUAAUUGGGGCGCGCGCCGAGGAGGCGCCACGUCCUUUUAAACUGCAUCAAUCGCGACGCGCAGGAGGUCAUCUUCGUCAUCCUCAUCCCUCCUGCCGGUGCCGCUCCUCCUCCUCGUCCACGUGUCUCGCCGCACUCGCGUGUCGCGUCAAGCAAUAGCUGGCGGUGUUUCUCUCUCGCCCCCCCACCCCACCACCUUCCCUGUCUCUCUCUCUCGCUCUCUCUCUCUCGCAUCAGCCCCAAUCGGCGUUCACAUCAAUUAACUUUCACGCGAGCCGCUGCAAAUCGGCGAGCGCACGGGCGAGGGAGUGAAAAUGAAUAAAUAAACAGACGGAGAUGCCGCCGGCGCCGGCGGUGGUGGUGGGGCGAGGGAACAAGUCACACAGACUGCUCCUGUCGCAACACCGCUGAGUGCUCGCACUCGCCGGCGCGUGGUGGUGGUGGUGGAGGAGCGACUUGGACAUCCCUGGACAUCGAGCUUUUACAGCCCAUUCGGCGGAUUCCUCCAGUAUACAUACAUAUUCUUAUUGCUCAAAGAGGAGGACACACACACCUAUGCACACACACCCACCCCCAUCCUCCUCCUCUUCCACCACACCACCCGCUUCCCCCUCCAGUCCCGGGGCUUGUGAGAGAGUCGUUCACGAGGGUUGGGGAUGACGGCCUUUGGACACGGCGGGGUCCCUCGGCCGGACAAGGUGGACCAGGCGCAAGCGCUCGCCCGCAGCUGCGCGGGGGGUCCCGGCUUCCAGCAGUGCGACCGGGGCUACGCCACGUGCGCCAUCCACACGCACGGCAAGUGCUGCAAGCUGCACUGGAGCUGCCACAUGGGGUGGUGCCACUGCAAGUACGUGUACCAGCGCAUGACUCCCGUGGAGCAGCUACCCAGCACCGUGGUGCCGGGUGGCAUCACGCCUGGACGAACCCCCGCCUGCUCGCUGCUCAUCUCCCCUUCGAGAUCUCCUUGCGGUGCUCGGGCCACGGUGGAGGGUGGUGGUGGUGUCGACGCUUCUAGAGCAGCGGCCGGUGGUGCUGCUGCUGCUGCUGGCACCAAGCAGGCGAUUUUAAGUGAGGGCUUCAAGAUCAGGCGCGUGAACGGUACGCUGUGCUAUGUGCAGCACUUGCUGCUCUCCCCACGUUGCACCAGUGCCUAUAUGGUGUUGGAUGGUGGCUUUGCGGACAGUACUCCUAUCUGUGGUAGAGGCUGGCGUCAGCAGCAGCAGCAGCCCCUUGCGUCGCUGAUCGUCAGCCCUUGUUCGUCUCCGUGCUCUGGUAGCGGUAGUGCGGGCGAGUCGGCUGACUCUGGAAUGCCAGCGUCUCCGGACUCUGCCGAGGAAAAACGCAGCGACGCCGAGGAGGAGACCGAGGGAGAAGGAGAUGAAGAUGAUGGUGGUGGCGGCGGCGAUGCAAAUGAUGAUGAUGAUGAUACCUGCAGUCUGCAGACUCGAGCAAGUGGUGUGGGACUUGGUGGUGAAAUGCCACAAUUGCGAGCCAAUAGGCUGAGAGGCAUAUCAGAGGUUGUUGAUGUGAUUGAAACGACUGUGUAGCUUUUAAUGUGUGCACAAGACGAAUGCGUGAUCUGCGCAAUUCAUAACUCAUUUAAUUGGCACGCUUUAAAGAAAAAAGUCGGCUCGGCCAUCAGUAACACUUUGUUGUUAUCAACCAGUGUGUAAGUUUGAAAAUUGUACAAACACGUAAAAAUAUUGUAACCACACAUAGAUCCGUGGAAACAUUUAUAAUAGGUAUUUAUUUGUUGCCUUCUGUGGCCAUGUUAAACUACAUGCACACUGUAUAGCUGUCAAACAAUAAACGCAACAUCUGAAAUUGUGCAUUUGAUUUGUUGACGUGGCAGUGCUCAUGCUUCUGUAUUCUUAAUCAAAUUGCCUUCCUAAAUUAAACGGUAUAAGACAUAAUGACUCUUAAUUGCUUAUCAAGAUGCGAUAUGUCAGGAUAUUGAAAACAGUGUUCAUAUGCACGCUCCAGUCGCCAAUGCGUAGCCAGUGUUUUCUCUAAUUGGUCUAUUGCAACAAGAGUAACAAAGAGAAAAUCGGGUUAGGAGUGAGUCACAUUGCAGCCUGAAAUGGGGGAUGUAUAACGCACAUUAGUUGGAGUGUUCUAUGUCAUGGCUUUCGUGUUCAAAUAUUGAUGUAAAUGAUUGCCGGUCAUUGGUAGCGGCAUGGGAAUCGUGGUCAUAAUGCUGCUUUGAGCCAAAAAAAGUGUAGGGCUCAGCCAUGCAGUCUCAUUAAACCCCAUGCGUCUACUAUGUCUUUCCUUUUACGCCAGGGAAAUAAGGUUCUGGGCAAAAUGCUGUUUCUAUUUACUCAGCCCAAAAUACGUACGAAUGAGCACAGAUCUUUACAUCCAAAACAUAACUUUCACUACUAUUUUUCCAGAAGGAUGAAAAAGAUUAAGGACAAGUAAAGCCUGAGUCUAGUCAAGCAUGGUUAUCAUUGCUGUUUUGUGAAGAGGCAUUCAUUAAAUUACUUAUAUCAUGGUAUGCGUGUACAUGAGGCAGUGUAAAUGUACAAACUCGUGAAUAAUCUACAUGUAAUGUGUUCACAAGCAAAGGCGUUAAAAGGCAAAUGUGUGAUUUAUUGCUCAAGCCACUUACUGGUGGAAGGGCCUCCACUGGGAGACAUCCACUCUAGAGGGUAUUUUGUCUGACUCUCCCACGCUGACCCAGAUGUGUCCAGAAAAGCUCGGUUUAUCCACGGUUUUUUUUUACAUAUGUAUUUAUUGUCAUUCUUCUUCUUUUGUAUUGCUGAUUGUAGAUUCAGAGCACCGUACAUUCAGAUGGUCAAGCCAGAUAACUGCGUCAGGAGCAGAGGAGUGCAUCACUGUGAUGUCUCCUUCAUGUUUGUGGAUCGGGCAUUACAUAGUUAUAUGUUGUAUACAUAGUCUGUUCUGGAUGACCACAGUCAUACACUGAAGAGUUUUUAGUUUUCCAUGUGUGGAUCAGGUAUCCGCAUCUCCUGCCAUGGUUUGUGUGGAUGCAGUUUAGGGUGGACCGAGAGCUUUGUGGAAUAUCAAACCCAGGGAUAUUCUGCGUUGGGUCUUUUUCACGAGGUGUUUGAUUCCGAGGUCUUUUGAACUCCAUUCAGCUCCCCAAGCUUCAUCGGGGUUGAAUUCGCAUUGUUGAAUGUUAAAGAACCAAGAAUAUAAUGUGGAUUUCAAGAAGAGGGAAAAGACCCACAGAUAACUUGUGUAGUGACGCAGUCAGAGACACUAGGAGUAGGAGGCACUCUAUUUAUUAUCGCCUUCACAGGGUACAAGGGUAACAACACUUUCAGUCAGGACAGCUAACAGACUAUCAGGCUGACAACGCCGAGAAGCUGAAGACGGUGAUGAAGACUCCAGCAGCCCGACGGAUUCCACUCCAAGUAACAGCCCCGAGCCUUCGCUCGGGGUCCUCUUUUAUCCUCCCAGCGUGGCCCCGGCCACGCCCCCCUUCUAGAACCUACUCGUGGGUUCCCGGGCUUCCCUCACGUGACCCCUCUCUCACCUUUGCCCUACAUCCCUCUCUCUGGCUUAUCACGUGACCUGCUGACAGACAAGGCUGCUGCAACUGCAGAUCCCCUUCUCUGCCAGCAACCCGCGCUAUGCUACGUCGUGAUCCAUUCCAUGUCACUACACUUGUAACAAGCUCGACGCGGUAGGAUGGGAAACCCAGAUGCCAUUUUUUGUAUUACGUCGAGAGCAGUGUAUUUAAG